GCGUACUGGCACGAGCGCCUCCUGCUCUGCAAGGUGCGGGGAACGACGUGGGUCAUCGUCACUCCUGAUGGCGAUGUCUAUCCAGAGGACAUCCGGGCCCUCGGAGGCAAGCCUUGCCUGCAAGGGUCCGUGCCGCCGGCGAUCCCGGCCAACGCUCUGCUGCACAGGUUCCCGCCGCUCGGCCAGCUGCACACGGCGGCGGAGUGGCGACAGAUCUUCGACGACGGGAUCGCGACCGCCCAGAUGGAGAGGGCUGGGCUGGGCAUCGACGACGACGCUGCUGAUGCUGAGUCUGGUGCUGUGCGUGAUCGGGUGGGUCAGCAUGGCUGGGCCGCCGACACAGGCCUGCCGGAUGGACCGCCGCCCGCUGACGCCGGCGCCGGGGCCGGAGCUCUGGUGGCAGACGUGGGCGCGGCUCCCGCGGCCGACGGCCUGGCCGCCCCGCCUGCUGUGCCGCUCGCCGCCGUGGGUGGAGGCGCCGCCAUCCCGGGGGCUGGAGCAGCCGUGGGGGCCGUGGUGGCGCCCGGAGGCGGCCCCGCCCCUGGUACGCAGUGGAUCGUGGUGGCCAACGACGGCCAGCCGGGGGCGCCCUCCAUCGGGUCCGACUGGAGCGUGGACGCCACUGCCAUUGUCAUGGGCAAGUUCGCGCUGGUCAAGCUCGGGACGGCCACCCUCGUGCUGGAGAGCAUCGCGGUCGGCAACAAGAAGAAUGUGCUGAUCUCGAGGAAGGGCGAGCUCGAGCAGGCGGUGGUCCGAGCUUCUGGGCCAGGUCUGCCAGGAGCUGGCCUCGGACCUCAGGCGAAUGGAGACGGGCCGGCGGCUGCAAUGCCGCUCAAGUCUGCUGACGCUCGAGUGCUGCCCGUGCUGUACGAUCAGAUGGGCCAGAGGUUCAGGGCCUACACGAAUGCCGUCGGGCUGCUGGAGGAGCCGCGGUUCGACGACUUCCCGGUGGUUGGGCCGAGGACGACGCUCUGGCUGUGCAAGUUCAUCAGAGACCAGGGGAGCGCGCCCCGCACCAGGACCGAGAAGUGGAUGCGAGACGGCCAUGUGCCGGACAACGACAGAGUCAAGCACGAGCAUGGCAGUCUCAUGGAGAUUCUUGAAACAGCGCUCACAUAUGAUCAACUGGACGUGUCUGCCCUCGCCUCUUUCGAGAUCCUGUCGAGGAGGAUUCAGCUGUUGGAGGAGGCGCACACGUCCAACCCGAAGGCGCCGCGGUUCGAGGGGAGCGAGCACUUCCAGGGCCUUGGCAGGAAGGUCGCGGCCGUGGCGCCGCAGCUCACCUCGCACGUGGCGUUGCAGCUCCAAGGCGAGGCUGCGAUCCAGAAAGAACGACGCAAGGCAUGGCAGACGGUCGGCAGCGUGACCUUCUACCCCUGCCUCGACAUCAUGAUUGGGAAGGAGAGACCCGCCCCGCAAGAAGCCCUCGCGGCGCUUCUGCGCACAGACACCCGCUAUGGUGACAGCGAGUGUGCCGGGAACAUUGCACCGUUUGGCUCGGCUUCAGCGUCUCUGCCGAGCCGCGACCUGCACGGGGUGGACAUCUACAACGUACUGCCCUCGGACGCGUCGCACAAGCUUAAGCGGUUUCGCGACACCGUCCUUCUCAGUGACGAGGAGUAUGCAUUGCGUAUCAAGAGCGAGGGACUGCCCAAUCUUUACUUUGACCCAGUGCUGGAGGCACAGCCUGCGAAGUGGGAGGGUUUUUUUGUCGGGAUCUGCGUGACAGGGGACUGGACCAACAUACGAUUUGACAUCCCAGACUCAAUACAGCUUGCUACUGGCGACUCGCUCGGCCGUCUUGAGUGCGCCUCUGACCAGACCAUCUUCUCGGCCAGCUUCGAUAUCAAGGACUACUUCCACGAGCUCAGGAUCGAUGAGGAAUUAUCUCAGUACUUUGCUCUGCCAGCGGUCCGUGCCUCGGCUGUGGGGGUGGAGAGCAUCAAUGGUAUCAAGGUUGGUCCCAGCGAGCUCAUCUACCCGGGGGGGCCUGUUCAGUUGGCAUGCGUCGACAACUUCGGGGUCUUCGGCUGUGACAAGGCCGAGGUGGGGGCCAUGCACCGUCAGGCUCUCGAGGGCAUUCGGCAAGCAGGCUUUCACGUGCAUGAGAUCGAGCAGGUCAGCACUUCUUUGGACAUCGUGGGAGUGCACCUCGAUGGAGACAAGAAGGUGGUCAGGCUAUCCUCCGCCAGGGCGUGGCGACUGCACGCUGGGCUACAUGCUCUUGCGCGACGCGGGCGCUGCACUGGGAGGGAGAUGCGAGCCAUACUUGGGCACCUCUGCUUCGCUUUCCUGCUUCGACGCCCUUGCCUGUCCUGCAUCGCGGCCUCCUUCGCCUUUGCCGAGGCUGCCGGAGGGGAGCCAAAGAACCUCUGGCCGAGCGUCAAGAGGGAGCUCCUAAUCGCCGCUGCCAUCCUGCCGCGGGCUUACGCCGACAUCGGGGCGGGCUGGCUCGACCAGGUGGUUGCGACGGAUGCUUGCGAUACUGGGCUCGGCGUCUGUGCUGCUGAGUGGGACUCUCGAGAUAUACGAAUCACGGGCAGCUACGACGAGCGCUGGAGGUUCAAGAAGGACCCGCUUCGCAAGCACCGUGAGGUCGCCUUGGCGGGAUACGACCACGCCGACCCUCCGAUCGACAGGGGCGGCAAGCUCAUGGCGGGCGUCAGCGAUGGCGCCUGGCUUGCCAUCGGGAACUUUCCCGACGUUGCGCCCACCUCUGUCAGAGGCUCGAAGUGGGCCGUGGUCGCCAAGCGCCCCUGCGGCUGCCACGAGGGGGCCAUUCACGUCAAGGAGGCGAGGGGCGCCAAGCUCGGCCUCAAGCACGUGGUUCGCUGCGGGCGCUGGCGGCACAGCAAGGUGCUCAUGCUGGUGGACAAUAUGUCACUCGCGCUGGCCAUGCAGAAGGGCCGCUGUCGCGAUCCAGCCCUCCUCGGCCAGCUUCGUCAGAUGGCCGCGCUGCAGCUCGCCACUGGGCUGCGGGCACAGUGCCGCUGGAUCCCGCGCAGAGUGGCGACAGGCAUCGCGACGCGCAACGUGGCGCAGCGGGUCGAGGCGGCGCCGGCGAUGCAUCUGGAUCGCCCCGACCUUCGAGUGCGCGAAGCUGUGCCACUGGAGGACGGCCAGUCGCCACAGGCCGCAGGAUCAGGACCAUCCGAGCGGGCGAUCCUGGCCCGGCCCCGGGCGAUGCGAGCCGAGCUUCGAGGCGGCUCGCGGAGAUCGCGAGUCACAACCUCGACAAGGCUGGCUGCCGCCCGGCGCUCGGCCAGCAGCGGAGGCCUCUCCUACCUCGAGAGCAUCGCUGUAAGGCCCGUCCAGGUCGAGGAUUACCACAGGCGGAUCGAGGAGUUCUACGAGUACGCCCGCCGCCAGGGCUUGAACGUCAGCACCCUGGACUCGCUGGAGACGGCCCUCCUGGACUGGGCGGACGAGGCGUAUCUCGAGGGCAGGAAGAAGCACGAUGGCGAGAAGCUGAAGGCCGCUGUGCUCCACUACUACCCGAACCUGAAGCGGCCCAACACCAAGCCGCUGGCCAGGUUCGAGAGGUGCUUGAAGGCUUGGGGACGCCGGAGGCCCGCGCUGGGUCGCCUGCCGCCCCCGUGCCCGACGAUCUGUGGCCUGGCUGUGGCGCUCCACCUCCUGGGCCGCACGGACAUGGCGGUGGCCGUGCUGGUCGCGCUGAGCGCCUACUUGCGGCCAGGGGAGUUGUGUGGGCUCCGCGUUCGGGACGUCGUCCCACCCGCGCUUGGCCACGGGCCAGAGUACCAGAAGUGGUCGCUGAUCCUGGGGCCUUCGGACAGCAACGGAGGCCCCACCAAGACGGGCGUCUACGACGACAACGCGACGAUGGACCACGAGAACCUGCAGUUCCUCGGCCACUUCUUCGAGCUGCACCGCCAGAAGAAGGGGGCGAGCGACCCGCUGUGGGGCUUCACACAGGCGGAGUUCGGGGCCAUGAUCGCGAAGGCGCUCAAGGUGUGCCGGCUCGAGGGCCUGGGGAUCGCCCCCUACAGCCUUCGGCGCGCAGGCCCGUCGUGGGACGUCAUCACGGGCAGGAGGUCUCAGGUGGAGGUCCAGCGUCGCGGGCGCUGGGCCAGCAUGAGCUCUCUCAUCAGGUACGAGAAGUCCAGCAAAGUCAACUCCCUGCUCGUGGGCCUAGACGACAGCGUCCAGGAGUACCUCAGGCUCUGCACGGCGCACCUUGGCGACAUCUUCCUCGACAUCUUCGCUGGUUCCGAGGGAGUCGGCAAGGCGGUGGCGAGGUGUGGCAUCUCGUCGCUAGAGAUAGAGCUCGAGCUUGAGAUCGACAUUUUUGCGCCUGGAGUGAUAAAGGCACUUCUGAAGUUGAUCCGCUCGGGCCGCGUGCAGGGAAUAUUCGUGGCUAC